CCUUGUUCCGCAACUCUUUAAAGCACAUUAUUCCUUUCCUUGCGCUACAGCAAUGUAAACUGAAACUUUCUUUUCAGCGUCGCUAUUCAAAACACUGUGUUCUAACUUCAGCAGUGUGUCCCGUAUAUUCGUGCACACAGGCCUCAGCGCCAUUAGUGUUGUCGCUUCAAAUAUCCGCCAUGCCAGUGUUUAUAUGCCGUGUUCUCAUCAAAUGUGCUGUGGAGGCAAUGGGCACGUGAUCACGUCUUGAGAAAAAGGAACAAAAAAAUAGCGGCGAUGUCGGAAUCGACGUUGCCAACUCGACCGAGACGCAAACAAGCUGUGCCGUUGAAAUACGAAGGCAGCGGUGACGACUCGGACGAUGACCUGCCCAGUGACAUACUUGACAUUGACUUUACUCCCGCACCAAGAAGUGCCUCGUCAAACAAUUCACAGGCUAGGCAGAAACGGUCUCAAGGCCAGAAAAGGCUGCUGGUUAAGCUCAAGAUUAAAAGGAGUGGCAGCAAGGGAGCUUAUGUGGAACGUGCAGACGAUGAAACUUUCUCGCCCAGGGCUGCCAGGGCGCAGAAGCGCAGAAAAAAGCGGGCCGCUUCCACGAGAAAGUCUGCAUCCAACUCCCGCAAAAGCACAAAAUCAAAAGCCCAAACGCCACCACCGUCCAAGGGAUACGAGAGCAGCCGUACGCCGAAGGGCCUGAAGAAAGAGAUAGUCUUGUACGCUCGAGCAAACACGGUUGACCAAGCUGCGAAGAAGUUCAGAGUGCCAGUGCACAAAGUCAAGCAUUGGUUGAAAGCUGACCAGAACAUAGCACCCCCGCCACCUCCGAAACCUGAAGUAAAGAAAACCUGCAAUGUUCCUCCCGACCCUUUUCCGGCCUCUUUCAAGUUGUUCUCCAUUGGUGUGGCAGAAGAAAAAACUGUUAAGGAAGCCAGCAUGCUUCUUUCCGUGGAUGAAAGUCUCAUGGAACACUGGAUGAAAGGGAAGCGGGAAAUAAGCCAGAAAGUAAACUCUGAAAACAUUCCGCAGUGGGAGACGGACGUGUUUGUGGGUGUCCGAAGAGAUGCACUUGCAGGACACGAAAUAAGUGUGUCAGAUCUGAUGUUCAGGGCCGAGUCACUAAAGGUGGAUGAGACAAAGGUCGACUUGCAGUGGGCGCAGCGGUGGUGCGAACGAUUUGGAGUGCUGUUCAAGGGAACUUCCCGCUUAAGUGGGUCAAAAGAGCUCAAUGAAGUAACUCUGCUGCAGUUGCCUCCAGAAAUGACAUGUUUCACACCAUAUGUGAGGCCACGAGCAAAAGAGAUGUCCCCUGCAGCACCCCCAUCACCACCAGCUGCAUCGCCACCACCGCCAGCUGCUCCUCCAACACCUCCUCCCCCACUAGUAAGGCAAAGGCGAUCGAGGCCUAGAGGUGCGAGUGAAAUCGAUCUGGAACUGUGGACUUGGUACAAGAAAAUGCAAAAGAAAGGCCGAAAGCUCACCAAGGCUAUUGUGUGCGCUCGUGCUCAACGCCUAUCCCAGAAACACGGUCACCCCGAGUUCAGAGCAGGCGAUGGUUGGCACCGAGCGUGGAAGCGGCGUUGCGAGCAAAUGUAUCCGCAGGACAUCUCUGCUGAUGAAGAGGAGGUGGAUGUUGAAGACGAAUCGAGCACAGCUUCCCAUGGUCACACUGAGAGCCAAGAUGCGGCUAUCGAGAAACCGGAUUCUACUGUAGCUCCUGCCGAAGAACAAAGCCAAGAAAAACGUCAACAGCCCGGUGCUGCAGACCAAGAACGAGCUGACACGGAUCAACAUGCCACUCCCGCUGCCAUGUCUGCCGAGCCCCGAGCCAUGGACUGCCCCUCACCCAGUUCUUCAUGCAUCUAUGCACAAAGUGAUGGCAGGCAGCCUGUUGCUCCACCAUUUUAUGAUGGCUAUGUCAAUUAUGACCAUGCCAUGACACCUGCAUGCACUUUGGAGGUGUCUAACCAACCCUACACAGACUACGGGCAUUCGUCAUCGGCUCCUCCUGCUGUGGAGAGCAGCAGCAGCAACAACAGCAACAGUGCUGCUUCGCAGAAAAAGAAAAAUGAGCGUUACCUCCCCGACUUCAAGUUGCAGGUCGUCAAGUAUGCCUUGCAGUCAACAUUUAAGAAGACUGCCGAGCACUUUGGGGUCCACCAUUCAACAGUGGCUGAAUGGUGCCGCGAUCGAGAGAAGCUGGAGCGGCUUUUCCCACAUGAGAAGGGCAGCCUCAUGAAGAGCACAGAGACUGCCACCGUUUCUCCUGCCGAGCAGAUGUUCAUAACGUGGCUUAAUGAUUGCAAUGCGACAAACGCAAAGCUAGAUGCUGCUCAGGUGAAGGAAAAGGUCAAAGAAAUCAUUCGGUACUUCGGAGAAGACCAGGUAAGAACAAACUGCCGGUGGUUGUACGUGUGGCACAAGAAGCGACUUGAAAUGGAACAAAUGAUUGAAGACCUCCCCGAACUGCAGUCUAGUUCAGGGAAGGAAUUCCGCAUUGCAUUUCCGCCGGCUGUCAAGCUAGAAAUCGUAAAGGUAGCGGAGAGAUUGAAGUUCAGUGAGGCCUCAAAGUACUUUCAGAUUGACCGAAACAGUCUGUCAGACUGGAGCAAGACCCAGGAAAAGCUCAAGGCAAUGGUAAAAGAAGGCAAAGUGCGAAAAAAGGAGGUUUCAAAAAGUAAAAAGGCCUUGGAGGCUGAAAAAGAGGUUUAUCAGUGGUACCAGCAGUGCAGAAGCAGUGGCUUCAAGCCAGGGCCUAAUGAAGUCCGUGCCAAGGCGGCAGAAACUUACCGAAAGUAUGGAGACACCACAAUGAAAUGCAGCAUUGGCUGGUACUCAAGAUGGUCCCGACGUUUUGGCAUACAGCUGCGAUACGAAAAGGACGACGAGAUUCUCGAGUGGGUCUUGGCACAGCUGGAGCAAAAUCGCAGCGUUACGCACAACGAGAUCCAAACACGCGCUAUAGCGACAUUAUCUCAGACGAGGGCAGGUUUCAAGUGCUCUGCAGGUUGGCCCAUUCGGUUUUGUAAGCGGCAUCAGGCUCUCUUGCAGAAGAUGCCUACUUUGGACACCCCACUGCCAGCGGUCCUUGAACAGAAAAUAUCCUCAUUCCGACUGGAAGUUCAAAUGCUACAAGAGCAGUGCGGCGUGACGAGUGCAGCUAUUGGUGCCAUGGACGAAGUGCCUCUGUAUUUCUCAUCUGGUGCAGGUGGCGGGACAGGUACCGGUUCGCUGCUUGUUCGCCGGUGCGGUUUCGAGCAGUCGCAGGCCAUCGUGUUUCUUUCCUGUCUUUCCGAUGGCGGUGUCUUGCCGCCUCUCGCCGUUCUUAAGGGCUCCAGCAGUGCCUCGGAAGUAAACGGCAUGUUUGUCCUUUGCCAGGAGGAAAUGAAAGUUGACCGAAGCACCGUCGAAUACUGGGCAGAGCACGUCUGGGGCCGAUUUGUGCCAUCACCAAGCUUCCUCAUUUUGGAUUCGUUUGAGCCGCACAACCAGUUCGCUGCCUCGGCCGGCAGUGACAUCAAGGUGGCCAUAACACCGCCAGCUUGCUCCUCACAGACUCACCCCGUUGUUGUUUGGUUACGAAGAAAGUUUCAGGCCUUGGUCAACAAGAUGUCGGUUGACAGGGGUUCCUCUAGAAGCAUACCAACAGUUCAGGAGAUGUUGGAGUGCAUUGCUGCAGCCUGGCGUCAUUUGCAAGCCACGAGCCACGAAGCAGUGCAAAAGAGCUUUGCAGUUACUGGUGCUCUACUCACGGGAGAUCCCAAUGAGGAUGACAUGAUUGGUAGAGCAGAGCUUUUGCCUGAUGUGGACGGAGAAGACUUUGCAUAAUUUUGAAGACUGGUGACUAGCCAGUCUUUGACUUGGUGCGGUCGGAUUGGAUUCGUUCGACCGCUAUGGGACAUGCAAAAUUGGUUAGAUACGUGAAGUUUAGACCAAGGCAAGGCCUUUGAAGAGCCCCUGCUUUGGUCAUCUGUGCUUACCUUAGGAAUUGUGUUUUGUGCAAUCUUGCUAGACUACAAUGCAUUCUUGGUAUAUUCUUUUAUGAGGGUAACCUGUACCCUGCAAGCUCAUUUUAUUGCGUUCCUGUUUCAGUGCAGAUAGGAUGAAAAGUCUGUAGCUGGUUAUAGACAAAGAAUGCGCAAGACACUGCUCCUAUAAGGUGCGCUGUUUCUGCAUCACAUUCUUUCAUAUUUGAAAGCAGUAAACAACAAACCCACUUUAGUCAGACUCGCACAUUCAAGAAGGCCUGAUAACUAACGGUGUUGGUUCUACAACUUCCUAUAAGUGUGCAUAAGAAACAUGGAAAACUGUUGCAGCAGCGAGUAACACGAGAAGAUAAGUGCAUACUGUGACAUGCAGUCAGGAUAGUGAAUGCAACAAGCGUGCUACUGCUGUUUGUCUCUGGACAUGCAGUCAGGGUAGUGAAUGCAACAAGCGUGCUACAGCUGUAUGUCUCUGGGAAAAAAAAAGGGCAUGGAGGCAACACAUGUUGUAGUAGUGAUUAUUUUUAAUAUUAGUAUUUGGAAAUGUAUAUGCAAAGGACAAAAGGGGAAGUAUAAAAGGUGCAGACCGACAUCUGCCACUGAGAAAGGCAUGAAUUCACGCACAUGCAAAUGAUUGAUGGUUGGCCAGCACAUGAUGUCAAUACACGCACACAAACAUUACAAGAGGGCCCACCAGUGGCAGCAAUUUUCUGGUACAUGUAUAUAGACUUCCUUUGAGAUGUGCUUGUCACUGCACCCUUGACCUGUAAUUAAUUCUUGGUACUCGUUGGCAGGGCCCCCUUUUAGGGCACAAAAUUUUUGUUUCAGUCAGAUAUAGGAAAGCAACCAACAUGCGUGCACACUUGUAUGCACGUUUUUCUUCAUGGCAAGAAUGACUACAAAGUAGGUAAAUGCUCAUGACCAUAAGGGAUUAACUAUUGGUAUCAUUGGUUGGAUGAAAGUGGGUAUUGUUAGAAAAAGAAGGUGGCACUAUCUUCUGCAUCUCAUAAGUGAGCACCCUGCAAACUUCAUCGACCAUGCGAUGAAGCUGUAUCUUUAGAGAAAGCUCCUAAAAACAAGAGUUCAGGGCAAGAAGGUACUGUCACCUACUUGGCAUUGGAGUUGCACGAUAGGCGCCUGUUACUUGACACAGUACUUGUUCCAGGAAUAAUUGUCUACAUGUGUCUUCUUGACAAGCACCAGCUUUUGUAAAUCUCAAACAGCAGAGAAGAAAAAACUUUGGCUUUUGACAUAUUCGUCAUGACCAGCACAGGCAUGUUCCACGCAUUCUUUUUUUAUUUCUAUGGACUACAAAUUGAUAUUCAAAAGUCUGACUUGGAAGCUUUGUUUUCAUUCUUCAAAGAAAUGUAUGGAUACUCAUUAAAUGAAACAAGAGGUUGAAUUGACAAGAAACUGUAUGGCACAUUUACGUGAUACCCUUAUAUGUUUAGCGUUAUUGUAAGUACACAGGGUUGUGAUGAGUAGACCUGCUUUCUUUGCAGUUUGUUAACACAAGCACCACUUUGCUAACUCGAAUUGCACAAGGCAUUGAUGUGUGUGUUAUGUCACUACAAUGUACUCACCUGUGCUUAUUAUUUCAUUAAUUUAUUAUCAUUGUUAUUACUAACAUCUCACAGUACUUCCUUUCAUCAUUCAUCAUUGAGUUGCACAAACAGCAGUCAUAUUUUGUCCAUUUUUAAUUAUUUUCUCGAGCACUGUGUAAAUAACAACGAAACCCAAGUGCGUCAAAGCCAUAAUGAGCGGAUUGUGCACAUUGUGUCCACUCAGUCUUGCACCAUUUAGAUGCUCGGGGAGAAUAUCUUGCAUCGACUUAUCAAUGCAAAUCUGGUGCUUGCUUGUUUAGUACUGGAAACAAAUCUGAUGUGUGAAAAAAAAAAUUGUGUAAACAUUGUACAUGCAUGCAAGUGCCCCAUGUGUUCAUUGCUCUCCACUCAUGUUUUUUUACUACACUUGUUUUUGACAUCUUGGGAUCAGCAUCAAGACCCUGUAUAUAUAUGAACCUCAAGAUCAAACUGCUUCGUUAUUUAUAUUAUACCUACACGAUUUCGCUGUUUUGUAGCAGCGAAUAAAUAUACAUAUUUUGUA